AUGAACAGCAACCUCGACAUGACGACGAACGGGAAUGAGAGCGAGGACGGGAUCUUAUGCCGCCUCCUCUGCGCGAAGAUGGGCUUGAUCUCGGAAAAGGGCCUGAUCGACUUCGCGGACGGUAGCAACAUCCCACUGAGGCCCGAGACCAAGUUCAGGGUCGUGUACUGCGUCCCGUGUACCGGAAGUUCGAGUCCGACAGCAAGCCGAACAUGUACACAAUUCCCCAGCUCGGCCCUCUCCGCUAGCAUGAUCGCGAACAACGUUCUCGGCUACGACGGGUUCAUGCGCUUGAAUAAGUCCAAGGAGGUAGACGCGUACCUCAUUGAGAACGUGUACACGAACGCGCCCAAGUUCUGGAGGGACGAGAGGAUCGUGAGCAUCAGCAUAGGCUCAAAGGUGUACAUGCACAGGUACAAGCCCAACUCAUUCUUCGACGACAUGUACACACGGAUCAAGCCGGAGGAGGACAAGUACAAGGACAUGGCCCUGACUCUGGACAUAUAG